UCCUUUUCGUGUCUAUUCUCUCCUGUUCACUCACUGUCUCUUCUCUUCUUCACGCUCUUUUUUUUUUUUUUUUUUUUCAGUUUAUUCUUUCACUACUUGAUUGCUCCACUUCUUGUUGCUCUUUUCAUCUUCCCAGUUGCCUGACUGCAAGCUGAAACACUCAAAAAGAUCCUCACCUGUGGGAGAAGUUGUUUCGCGCAUUUCAGGGCCAUCAUGAAGAGCAUUAGCAAACUCCAGAUUCUCGCGGCCUUCUUUGGCCUGCUGUCCACCGUCUCUGCCGUCACCCCCAUCGAGGUUCAAGGAUCGCAGUUCGUCAACAGCAAGACCAAAGAUCGCUUCCAGAUCAUUGGCGUCGAUUAUCAACCGGGCGGCUCAUCUGGCUACAAGUCCAAGGACGGCAAAGAUCCGCUCAGCGACGCGGAUAUCUGCCUUCGCGACGCCACUCUCCUCCAGCGACUCGGUGUCAACACCAUCCGCAUCUACAAUCUCAGCCCGAACGUCAACCACGAUGAGUGCGUCUCAAUUUUCAACGCCGCCGGUAUCUACCUCCUCGUGGAUGUCAACAACCCGGACUACGGCCAGCACAUCAACCGAGAGGACCCUUCGUCAACCUACCACAAGGGAUACUUGAAGCAUAUCUUCUCCAUGGUCGAGGCUUUCAAGGACUACCCUAACCUCCUCGGUUUCUUCGGUGCCAAUGAAAUCAUCAACGAGGAUUCCUCCGACGACGUUCCGCUUUAUAUUCGCGCUAUCCAACGCGACUUGAAGCAAUACAUCGAAAAGCAUUCGUCGCGUAAGAUCCCCGUCGGAUAUUCCGCCGCCGACAUCCGCCAGUCCUUGGAAGACACCUGGCAAUAUGUCGCCUGUGACGCUGGUGACGACGGUCAUUCCGACUUCUUCGGCCUCAACUCGUACUCGUGGUGCGGCGACGCGACCUACAAGUCCAGUGGAUACGAUAAGCUAGUUGAGAUGUUCUCCGGCACCUCCCUACCCAUCUUCUUCUCCGAGUACGGAUGCAACGAGGUCAAGCCCCGCAUCUUCAGCGAGGUUCAGGCCAUCUACGGCAAGGAGAUGACCGAGGCCAUGUGCGGCGGUCUUGUCUACGAGUACUCCAUGGAAGAAAACGAGUAUGGCCUUGUCUCCCUCGAGGGCGACGGCAGCGCGAAACUGCUCGUCGACUAUGACAAUUUGAUGGGACAAUUCAGCAAGCUUGACAUCAAGAGGCUUCAGAACCUCGAUCCCAGCACCACCAAGGUCAAACCACCAAAGUGCAAGUCCAGCCUCAUCAAAUCGAAGGGCUUCUACAACAAAUUCGAACUCCCCGAACUCCCUGAGGGCGGAAAGGCACUUCUCGACGGCGGUAUCUCCGGCGCCAAGAAGGGCAAGCUCGUCGAGGUCAAGAAGACCAAGGUCGAGUCCGAAGUGACGGACAAGGAUGGAAACAGAAUCACUGGAUUGGAGCUCAAGAUCUUGGGCGAGGACCAGUCCAACACCCCCGGUGAAAACACCUCAGGCCAAGGAUCCAGAACCGGCCCUUCCAACUCCCAGCAGACCGGCGCUGGAGCCAAGUCUAUCGUGGCUAGUGCUGCUCCCGUGCUUGCCGCUGUUGCUGCCGCUUUUGCCCUCCUGGCAUAGUGAAGAUAGUCAAGGUCCUUUGCUUUCUCCACGUGUCCCAUGAUUCCCCAUUUGCGUCGUGCCAGGCAGAGUUGUGUUUUGUUGUAAAUAGUUCUAGCUCCACAAUAGUCCUGUGCUGUGAGCCUUUUUCCCCCCCCACUCGAAGGUGUUUGUAUGCACAGAUUGCCUGUUAAUCUGAUUGUUCGGACCGUGCUAGCACUGUAUUCUAGAUCAAACUAUAUCCAGUGUGUGUUCGCAACUAUUCAUUAAAUCUUGUUGUAUUCAGUUCUUACAAUAAACUUGAAACAAUGCUAUGAAUCACAGACCAGGAAAAC